AGUUUCCUUGGCAACCGCACAGUUUAACAAAAAGCCAAAUAAAAACACAAUUGCAAAAUGAACAAUAAGCCAAUUAUUUGCUUUGAUAUUUCAAAAAAUGAACGCUUUCAAAUUACGGACAAUUACAAGAUGUUGCAUCGCAAGCUUAAGGCCCAUUGGACUGUGGAACAGAGCGAUUGUGAGCUGAAUCAUGAGCGCUUGGCACGCACUAAGAUCUUUGUGCUGGCGGGACCGCAAGAUCGUUUCACUGAGGAAGAGUUUGAGGUGCUGAAGGAGUACGUGGAUCAGUGGGGCGGCAGUCUGCUAGUUCUAUUGGGCGAGGGCGGCGAGCAGGAGUUCAAUACCAACGUGAAUUUCUUUCUCGAGCAGUAUGGCAUCUAUAUAAACAACGAUAAUGUUGUCCGGCCGCAUUACUACAAGAAUUUCCAUCCCAAGGAGUGCAUUGUGGGAGGAGGCGUUGUUUGUGAAUCCAUGUGGCAACAUCUGCUCAAACGGGACAUUGAAAAGGUUGAUUACGAUUUCAGUGAUGAGAAGUACAAGAUUCACUUUCAGUAUCCAUACGGUGCCACCUUAAAUGUCUCUGAGCCCGCCAAUGUGCUGUUGACAACAGGUCCGGUUGUCUAUCCUUUCAAUAGACCACUGGCUGGUUACUAUAGCAAUGUCAAGGGUGGCAAGAUAUUGGCCUUGGGAUCCGGCUACAUUUGGCAUGACAAGUAUUUACAGGAUAAGACUAAUGAUGCCAUGCUCGAGUAUAUGCUACAGUUGUUGGGCACAAGUCAAAUUAGCUACACUCACUUGGACUUUAAUGAUGUGGAGCUAAACGACAACAAACAUUUCACAGACUUGGCUUUUCUCGCCGACAUGCCCAAGGCCUGUUUGGUUGACUCCAUUGGCACCGAAAUGCCGGCGGAUUUCAAGCAAAUGUUUGACAUGACGCUGUGCUCGUUGAGCAAUCGAUUGCUCAAGGAUGUCAUUGAUACCUAUGAGCAGUUGCAUGUUAACUUCGAACCAUUGCGGAUUAUUAAGCCACAAUUUGAGAUACCCUUACCUCCGCUGCAAUUGGCCACGUUCCCUCCCAUUUUCUCCGAGCCACCGGCACCGCCGUUAGAGCUCUAUGAUUUGGACGAGACCUUCAGUCCGGCUCGAUCGCAGCUGGCCCAUAUUACCGGACAGUGCCUGCAGGCGGUGCAGUCUAAGGAGCCGGCAAGACGUGGACUCAACCAGCGCGAACUGGAGAACUAUGUGAAGGAGUGUGCUCGCAUUACGGCAAUUGUUCGGGACCAACAAGAUCUGCCGGCUCGCGAAAUACUCAAUAUUGUGGCACGACAAAUAAGCAGCUAUACGCCCUAUGCCGAGGACUAGACAACAGCUGAUCCAAUUUCCAGCGAACGCGGCGCAUUCCUCUCUAGCUAUUUCAACUCAUUUUUAUACCCGUCACUAUUAGAGUAAAAGGGUAAAAUGAAGAUAUUUUAUUUUAUUUUUUAAUAAAUUUGGGAAUUUGUCUUUAUUUCUUCAUCUAA